AAUGUGUCACGUAACAGCAGAGCCAAUGGCCGGACGCUUGGCAGCGACUUUUCGGCUGCGGCAUAUAAAAAGCAUUUGAAAUACUAUUGCCCACUAGUAGUCUAUGUUAUUGCGGUGGUAAAAAACCAGACACAACAACUGCCAAAAUGCAACGUUUCAUCUGUGCUUUCGUCUCGGUGCUCGCACUUGCGCAUGCGCUUCCUUAUAGCAGCAGCCAUGGCGGUUAUGGCGCAUCAGCUCCAGCGCCCGUUCCAUCUUACAGCGGCGAUGUAAUUGUCUCGCAAGCACCCUCAGUGUUGUAUAACAUUCCCCCACCAUCGGUUUGGAAUAUAUCGCCAGCCCGUCCAGCAGGUCCCGUGCUAACCCCCGUCGAUGCGCACUCCAUCUCAGGAUCUGGUACGCCAUCGUCGUUGGUUGGCAUCUCAUCGCAGCCGAGUGCCAUUGCUGCUGCGGCUUCUGCCAAUGUGCCACUGAAUGCUGGUUCCUACAAACUCUUGAUUGUGCCCUCCUAUGAAGUGCCCAAUAUUGUGGGACCCGAACCAGCAGUGCCCGCUGCUGGUGGCUAUGGUGGCCACAGCCAUGGCGGUUACGGUAGCCAAGCGGCCAGUUAUUAAUUCAAUUGGCUACAGUAAUGUUAAAUGCAAGGAAGAAAAAUUACCGUUAAAUACACGCUCCAAGUGCAAAUUCCUUAA